CUGAAGCAGAUGUAUGUUCUGGUUCUGGGUCUGGACGUGCUGGGAAAUCCAUUUGGGCUGAUCCGAGGUCUGUCUGAGGGGGUGGAGGCCUUCUUCUACGAGCCCUUCCAGGGAGCCGUUCAGGGUCCGGAGGAGUUUGCUGAAGGUUUUGUGAUCGGUGUCCGCAGCCUGUUGGGCCACACAGUCGGUGGCGCCGCAGGCAUGGUUUCCAAGAUCACGGGAUCGGUUGGUAAAGGUCUGGCAGCCAUCACGAUGGAUAAAGAGUACCAACAGAAGCGACGUGAGGAGAUGAACCGACCACCCAAAGACUUUGGAGAAAGUCUGGCUAAAGGAGGAAAAGGACUGCUGAAGGGAGUCGUGGGAGGAGUAACCGGCAUCGUCACCAAACCUGUGGAGGGAGCGAAGAAGGAGGGAGCAGCAGGUUUCUUUAAGGGGAUCGGUAAAGGUCUGGUGGGGGUGGUUGCUCGGCCGACAGGCGGCAUCGUGGACAUGGCCAGCAGCACCUUCCAGGGCAUCCAGAGGUAUUUGCUUCGAGCUUCC